CGGGCGCCGGCCGCACACGCCGCUCUGCGCCGCCGACGUCGCGACGCUCGUUCGCGUUGCGCCCGUGUGCGCUCCAAUACCGCCGCACUACUCCGUGCAACUCGCAAUUUUAUACCAAAUACCGCGGAACCCACGCACUCAACUGACAUGUUUUGAACGUAGAUAAGUGUGGGACAUUGCACAUACAGUGAUUUCUUUGCAAAAUUACGUGACAGGAAUUAUUAUUUUGUACGGUUCGAUAACAGAGAUUCGAGACCAAAAGCAGUAACUAACACUGCGCGUGGCGCGAAUUUAUCGCGGCAUGGCGACUGACGCGGCCGCCGAGGACUUUGUUACCAUUGUUCCAGUUGGCGAGAAUCGCCUUAGUGCAAAAGAUCCUUCGUUCGUCACCGUGUUGACGGUGGGGGCAAUUACUGGUGCCGCGGAGAUCAUUGUACGCAGACCACGUGGUGAACGACUUGGAUUGGGACUGAAAUUUGAAGGUGGCUCAGCUGCAGCGGAAAAAGUGAGAAGACUUCUAGUACAAUCAUGUGCAGAAAAUAGUCCCGCAGCUACAGCCCAAGCUCCUUGGGGUAAAUUAAUUCCCGGCGACGAAAUUCUGGCAAUAGAUGGCGUACCCGUGUCUGAAUUAACCAGGAUAGACUGCGUGCGAAGAUUGAAAGACUCGGACGAAUCAUUAACUUUAUUAGUACGUCACUUUGAAAUGGAUAACAAAACAGUAGAAAACGGCGCAGAUGUAACGGAUGCUGCAAUUAUCCCAAAACAACCAUCAGAAAUCGUGAGACCAACUACGUUACCGCCACCUGUCCCUCCAAGAAAAUUAGGAAAGAAAAAUUCCUUUAAAGAUAAACCGACACUACAAACUGUAGGAGAACAAAAUAACGCUAUUAGCGAAGGACAACAGCAUUCACUGAACGAUAAGGAAACGCUCUUAAAUGGGAAACAUAAUGGAAUAUCAACCAUAACAAAAUUGUCAAGGAAAUCUUCAUUUGAUAGUCAUAUUCUUCGUCAAAAUAAGGAGGGAAUAAGUUAUUUUAAAAAGGGUUCACCAGAAGAGGUGAGACGCCUAGUACGUCGAUUAUCUGACGGAAAAGCCAUGCCUGCUGAAGCUGAUGUCUAUAUAGAUUUAUUAUCCACUGAAUGGGAACGAUGUCUUCUUCUAGCAGAUGCUGAGUCCGAUGACACAGGAAGCUCUAUCUCUACAGUAGUAGAGCGACUUGGCUCUAUAACGAAUUCGGUUGAAAAUAGUAUUCCAUCCACACCCACAAUGCAACCUAAAACUAUAGACAUACAAAAGGUCCUAAACUGUAUUGAAAACAUCGACACCAAUAUUCUUAACGACAUGACAAGCAAAAACUUCUUAGAGAAACAAAUCGAUUUGAACAGCGAAUCUAAAACAAUAGAAAAAACUUCCUCGUUGAACAUUUUAAAUGGUCAUGACGCAACAGCAUCACUUUCUUUAUUAACUGAGAACAGUACUUCGAUUAAGAAAAUCUAUCAUAAUGACAAAAAUAAUAAUAAUACUAUCAUAUCUAAUAACACAAACAAUAUUGAGAUGCUGAAAAGAACUAAAACAGAUCAAACCAUGGAAAAACCAAAGCCAAUGCCUAGAAACACAAAAAUUGAGCGUUCUGCUAGUGAAAAGAAGCCAAGAACCCUACCCAUCCCUGAAAUAGCAGCUCCAACAGUACUUGAUUCAUUACUAACGCCGACGAAAAAAAACUGUAUCGAGACUUGGCUGCAGCGGUCGGAAGCAGAAAUGAAGAAUAAAACAGUUGAAAAGCUUGAAGACAACAUGGUCCAAGAGAUAUUGCCACGACUAAUUGAUUUUGUGCCAAAACAUCAGUUCAAAGAUGGCAGCAGCGAAUCGCCAACGUUGGCUCGUCCGACUACGGCACCGCCGCCACCACCUACAGAAACUCGGGAAGACGGUUCAGGAGCAUCACUCGACACUAUUGGCGAACUAGAUGAGACUGCUGACGUUACUGCUAAUGUCAAACCUCUGGUUGUCAUCGAAACGAAAGCCGACCGAAAAUCAUCAUUUGAAAGGAAUUUUUGGGAAGAUCGCAUAAAUAAAAGCGAUGCAGACGACAAAAACCUCUCAAAUGAUGAAACGCCCCUGCCGUCAUGUUCGCGGCAGCCACCGGAUGGAGUGGAAACUCCCAGCGACACGGUAGAAAAAACACCUGAGUUGCCUACACGACUGCCGCCUAGGCUUGUAAACACCUGGCACAACUCCUCUACUGGCACGCGCUCAAGAUUUUCAUACUCGUCAAGGACACAAGAUGCAAGAAGUGAAGCUAGUGUUAAAGAUAAAAUUGCAAUGUUCUCUAACGAUCACGCAGUAUCUACUGACCGCAUUGAUAAAUGUGGCACUCUGCCGACAAGAAGCGCUUCAUCUGCGAGGAAGAAUGCUGCUGCGUUUUCGAGCAGCUACUCUGAUGUUUCUUCAUUGGACAGGCGUUUAACAAAAUCACAAGAUAAUCUCGAUGAUAUGCCUAAAGUGUAUAAGAGACAUACUGAAAGACCUGAAGUGCUUGGAGCGAUUGAAACAGUAGCAAGCGCACCAGUCUAUAAUUUGACAAAAAUUCAUAAACCACUUCAAGCUAAAAGCAAACCCUUAUUUUACGGAAGCACAACUAUUUUGCCGUCCAGCCCUGAUACUUCAUUUGCCCAACAAGUGUAUCAUGCUCGCAGUGUUAGUGAAGACAAUAGCGUUAGUAUCAAAACAAAUACAUCUUCACAUAAAUCAAACUUGGAAUAUUUAAUUGAACAGAGAAAGAAAUCAAUGUCAAAGUUGCGGGGCUUAGUGAUACCGGAAGUACAAGGUCCUAUAGUAGAUUUACCAGAAAUUAAAGUUCAAGAUCCUGUUUCUAAGUCAUUCCUUUUAAAAUCUGAUUUAAAUAGAUCUAAUUAUAAACCAAGUAAGCCGAAUGAUACAAAACCUAUGACCUUAAAUGAUGCAAAAUGGAAAGUUAAUUUGCUACCUAACAAUAUACCGAAAUAUUCACCUGCCUUCAAGCGUAAAUCCUUACAAGUAUAUACGCCGUCAUCUUUAUCAAAAGAAUCCACUCCGGAGCGUAGUUUUAACGAUCGAGUCGAAGCAUUUAGUAAGUUAAACAAUAAAACGAAUGCAGCUCUUGCCUCCAGGGCGUCACUGGAUUCAAAUGGACGUACAAUUACGGCUAGCUUUUCUUCCAAAGCUUUAAAUAAUACGUCCACUCUACCAAAAAAAGACUAUAAAGAUAUUCUGAACAACAUUCGAGACUGUAAAAAUGUGGAAGUCAAAACGUGCACGGCUACAGAUGUCAUAGAUAGUGAUAAUGACUCGGCAAUGAGCUCAACACAAUCUAGUUAUAGAUCGUCCGCUUCCUCACCAAUGCAUGCCUUGGAUAACGUGGAGUCGGAUAACUCACGUUUAUCGCCGAAAAUUACGGAAUACUCCACCUAUUCUCUAGUGAAAACCGAGGUUCCCAGUAAACGUAUAGUAACAGAUCGAGGACCGGAGGAAUAUAUUAAACGAAACAUUUGUCGCUCGGUGUCAUCUGAUACAAACGUUUCACUGAGUUCCUCCGCAGGCUCGGCAGCUACGUCUGGAUCGCAAGCGAGUUGCAGUUCACUUGAAAGCUCUGUCGCUGACUCUGAUAAGAGAAAAGUUUCGAAAGCAUACAACAUUGAUACUAUAAACAGGCGCAAUAUUUUAGCAUCGGCAAAAUGUAGAAGUGGAAGAGAUGUCAAAUUGAAAUCGCCUGUCGUAGAAACUAAAUUCUCACACGAGUCAUGCGACGGGUCUCCGAGUCCAGUACUUAAAUCGUCUGAACGCCUUUCUACGCUCACGCCACCGGUGAGCGCUGUGUCGAAUAAAGGUGAAAACAGACGAAGAAAUAAAAUAAUAGCUGAUACCGAUUCAGACAGCGAUAGCGACACCAACGUCCGGCAACGAAAGCCUGAUUAUAAAAAUACGAGAUUAAAACGGAAUUCCAGUUCGACUAGCAAAAAUAAUAAACAAAAUGAAUCAAAUUUAGACAGCCCUAAAAUAGAAGACGCUCCGAAGGUCAUUUCAGAAAAAAUAAUAAAAGAAAUUAAGAAGGCCGGUCUGGACGACUUCACUACAAAUAAAGUAAAGUCACUUUCAAACAAAAGUGUGAAUGAUAUUGUUAAGGUCGAGAAAGUAGAAAUAAAUAAAGAUGAGAAAAAUAUAAAGACAACAGAUGUUCCGCUACAAAGUAAAAACGGGAGACUGGAAAUAAGUAAUGGUAAAUCCAUAAUACCUAAAGGAAACCAUUUACCGAAGUCUAACAAAACGAUUGAAUCAUCGUUGUCUAAUAACAAAACUGAUAUUAAUUUGACAGAUAAUAUAAAAAUUUCGACACAAAUUAUUCGCUUGAAACGCGGAGCCGGAUCUGGAGUUGGCGUUAUUUUAGCUGGCGGUAUUGACUGUGAAGCUAAGGACGUUACAGUACACCGAGUUUUGGCAGACAGUGUCGCAGCUAAAGCAGGACUUAAACGUGGCGUAAAAGUGCGAAGUAUUAAUGGAUACCCUAUGUCAGGAUUGACACACGCACAGUCUGUUACUAUACUUAAGGAACAACGAUCGGAAGUCGUGAUCGAAAUUGAGAACGAAAUACAACAAAUCGCAAGUGAAGCAGGCUGCGGCUCUGAUAAAGCGGAGUCGAAUGACCGACUUAAAUGCGGAGAAGGGGUGUUGCCAGACAAUGGAAAAUCUGCAAGCUCUGUUGUGAGUGUGAUUGUGGAGAAGGCCGGCGGGGGCGCGGGACUCGGCUUCGGCCUCGAUGGGGGGCGCGACUCGCCGCGUGGUGAUUGUCCACUUACCAUCAAGAAGCUCUUCGCAGGAGGAGCGGCAGCGCAAAGCGGUCGUGUUCUAGUCGGUGCUGAGCUUCUCUCAGCAGGAGGUCAGAGUAUGGAGGGCUUCACUCGCACGCAGGCUUGGGCAGCUCUCAAAGCCUUGCCAGCGGGACCCGUGUGUCUGGUACUUAAAAACCCUAAGGACUAAAGCCAUUAAUCCAUCACAUCAAACGUCCUUUAUUUUCUUUCAGAUAGUUAUGGUUCAUUCAGAAUAAUAAUAAUUUCAGAUUGUUUAUACUUAUUCGCUUUUCAUGUGUAUUUAGCAAUUUUCCGUAAGUUCACGCAAUAUUGUUAAUGCUUUAUUAACAAUUGAUCUAUGUUAAGGUUAAAGUGAGUUAUUUUUACGAUUCAAUAUGUCGGUGUCGAUAUAUCUAAAUAAUAUAAUAAUUUCUUUUCGAAUAAGAUUGUAAGACUGCGUUUUACUUUAUAUUAAUUGUUAAUUUAUUAAUUUGAUUCGAUUAAACUAGUCUAAACAGCAAAGUUACGAUGUCUACAACCUAUAGGGUUUGUACUUAAAGGUGUCAAAAUUGUUAAGUGCCAUUAUUUAGGUGUGGGUAACAUCGACACAUGCACUUUUUUAUUUAUCUGGUUAAAUUUAAUGUGCCGCUUAAAAAGCGAUGUAAAUAAGGUUACUACGUGUAAGUUUUAAGUAUUUAAUAUAAGCUCCUAGAUGUUUUAGUUGUUUAGAUGUGGAAUGAUAUGGUUUGUGAGUUAAGAGCAAGCAGGUAUAGAUGUUAAUCAAAUUUGACAAUGGACUGAUAGAUUAACAGGAUUGCAUAGUCGAGAAAUAGUUGCAGCUAAUUAGUAGUUUUUUCUUAACUGUCUUAUAAUAGAGGUCAUUGGCCAGGUCUUAUUAAUGUGUUAUUGUCGUGCCAAAAAAAGUUAUAUUGGAAGUUAUUCAGAGUUAGUUUUAAUUUUUCAUAAUACAAAUAAUUUGUAACGACCUUAUGAGACAGUUAAUAAAAAAUAAUUUAACGUACAUUUCAAAUUUACUGUAUAAUAUGGUUAUUCUUUACUUUUGGUUGUUUUCAUGUAAAUAUGAUUAUGAUUUUCUUGAAUAUGUUCAGUAAUGAAUUUUCAUAUAUGUAAUUGUGCAUAUUUUUAUAUUUAACUAACGUGAAAUAUUAUCAAGUCAAUAGCUUAUACUACCUGUAUUGUUCAUAAAAAUAUAAUCAUAAUACUAAAUA